AUGUUAGGGGACGCAGGUUACCCCCUCCAGCCGUGGCUCAUGGCUCCCUUCCGUAAGCCGCGGAAGCAAGAGGAAGAGAACUACAACGAGUGCCUCACGAAGACCAGACAGGUCAUCGAGAGGACUUACGGAAUCCUCAAGUCCCGCUUCAGAUGCCUGGACAGGUCCGGAGGGGUCCUCCAGUACACCCCUAUCGUGUGCGGCCGCACAAGUGUGGCCUGUGCAGUCCUGCACAAUUACUGCAUCCGCCACCACGUUUCCCUCGCUGACCCACCCGAGCACUACAGGCGGACACUGGGCUUCGUUACCCAUCUCUCUCGCGACCUUCCACCAGAGGCAUUCAGAAACCUCUACACUGCCCUCGUCUUGCCCCAGCUGGAGUUUUGCUGGGCCAUCUGGGGCCCACUGCAGCAGUCACGUCAAAAUGCCCUAGCAAGCAUUCAAAGAAGGGCUGCUUUUACGUUCUACCGCCGCAGUACCCCCAGAAGUAGCCUCCUCAGUUACCGUGAUGUUAGCACCGACUCUCUCCUCCGCAACGCUAACUGGCGGUCGCUACAACAUCGAAGAGACGUUGCCUCCAUCCGGCUGUUUUGUCGUGGAAUGAGUGCGGACGACAUGGACUGCCCCAACAUACCACGUCUCAACAGGCGUAGCGGUCGUCUGCAGCCGGUGCUGGCGCGCACUCUCCGCCACAGGAGAACAUGUCUCCUACGAGCCGCUGAACUCUGGUUGGCCCUACCCCCGGAGCUGACCGCAGUGAUUCCUAAGGACAGGGACUCUAUAAAAGAACUUUGUCAAUUGAUAUCCCGGCAAGAUGGCUGGCACCUGUGA